ACCUUCCGUCUUCUAUUGUGUCCUCUGCCCUCUCCCCCAAAUUAAAAAGCUCAAAGAAACCCUAGAAAUUUCCGAUUCAUCCGGGAGAAGAAGAAAUUGAGAAAAAAUGAUGAAGCGUCUGAUCCCAACGUUCAACCGCAUCCUGGUUAAGAAAGUGAUCCAGCCUGCUAAAACCGAAAGCGGCAUUCUCCUCCCCGAGAAAUCCUCCCAGUUGAACUCAGGCAGGGUGGUAGCUGUUGGACCUGGAUCAAGGGAUAAAGACGGGAAAUUGAUUCCGGUCUCUGUGAAGGAAGGCGACACUGUUCUUCUUCCAGAGUACGGCGGCACUCAGGUCAAGCUCGGCGAGAACGAGUACCAUCUGUUCCGGGAUGAGGACGUCUUGGGAACGUUGCACGAGGAUUGAGAAAGGCUAAAAGCUCGCCAACAACGACGGUUGAUGUUGGUGUUUGUGUUAUGAGAGGGAGAAGUCAUUUUUAAGUUUAUUUUAUCUUUGAAGAUGUGGUUGGACUUUGUCUUGAAUUUACUCUUUAUGAAACUGUCUUUGAAUUGUUACAAAUGGGUAUCAAUCAUAUGGAUAAAACCCGCAAGUGUUAUUGCAUCUUCUGAUUCUAAUAUUUCGUGUUUUUCAUUAAUCUGUUGAUGCUGUCCGCCUACGUUUAGGCACUAAGUUCUAAUAAUAGCCAAUGUAGACGGUGGCUUAGUUGA